AUAGGAUCGGCUUUAGUUCUGAUUUACUGUUGGUAACGAAGGUGUCUCAUAUCCAACUAAAUAUGUUUCUAGUACUGUUCACUUUCAUUACGUUACUUAUAUACAUGUUUCUCACAUAUGUAGGUGGGAGACCUCAUCCUAAAUUUCCUCCUGGACCGUACCGAUGGCCGGUAUGGGGAGGAUAUCUCCAGUUACUUCUGGAGAAUUACAAGUUUCCUCACGAGGCCAUGCACUGGAUGUCCCGCCGUUACAAGACGGAAGUACUGGGCUUGUACCUGGGCCCCUACCCCACUGUAGUAGCCUGCACCCCUAACAGCGUCAGAGACAUCCUCAACCACCCCAACAUGCAGGGCAGAAUUUCGUCCGUCGUCUCUAACAUGAGAGACCCUGACGGAGUUACCAGAGGACAGUUCUUCAUUGACGGUGAUCGAUGGACGGAGCAGAGAAGAUUCAUGUUGAGGAACCUGAGAGAUUUUGGGUUUGGCACAAGAAGUACUCAGUUGGAGAAGAUUAUGGAAGAAGAAAUAAGAGAUUUUAUUGAUUUGGUUCAGACAAAAAAUCAUGAGGGAUUUUGCAGCGAUGGAAAAGUGAAAGUGCCUCCAGUGUUUUACGCGUACUUCACAAAUCUCGCACUCCAGGUUUUCCUGGGGACCCGCAUUCCUCCCUCCCAAUACCAGAAGCUAAAGAAGUUUGUCUCUGAUUGCUACUGUUUCUCAAGGAAUCUAGACCCCACAACCGGGGCUAUUGGUCUUACUCCUUGGGUGCGUCACUUUGCCCCCGGAUUCUUCGGGUUCACUUCCCUAGUGAAGAGCAAUGACUGUAUUAAGGAGUUUAUCCAUGAGGUAACAAACGAUCACAAAGGUACAUUUAUGUCGGAUGCGCUUAGAGAUUUCUGUGACACCUACCUUAAAGAGAUAAAGGACAAAGAUAACACCGACGAUAAACAUUGGUUCUCAGACGAACAGAUGGUGAUGACAAUUUGGGACACUCUGUUUGCGGCGGUCAUUACACAGGCGACCACUAUGUGCUUCCUUGUGGAAGUGCUCCUGGAGUACCCCGAGAUCCAGGCCAAAGCCCAACAGGAGGUGGACGACAUGAUCGGGCGCUCCAGGCUACCCACUCUGGACGACAGGAAAAAUUUGCCGUAUUUGGAGGCUCUUAUGCGAGAGGUGAUGAGGAGGAAAACCCUGACUCCUGUGGUCCUGCCACAUCGUUGCACCGAAGAUACCUAUUUCUAUGGCUACUUCAUACCUAAGAAUACGAUGGUGUUAGCGAAUCAAUGGAGCAACAACAUGGAUGAAAAACUGUGGGAUAAUCCUUACGAAUUCAGACCAGAAAGACAUCUAGAGGAAGAUGGAACAAUAAAGAAAAAAGAUAUGGUCUUGGCAUUUGGAUUUGGAAAACAUGUGUGUUCCGGAGAGACAUUUUCACGGCAGAAUAUGAUGGUUAUGUUGGCCACCAUGGUGCAGAACUUCAACGUCAAACUGCCCGAGGGUCACUCUAUGCCUGACGAGAAGAAUCACCUCCCUGGUUCCAUCGUCAACCCCCACCAUUUUGAAGUGAUAAUGGAGCCUAGAUAAUCAGCCGUAAACAACACUGCCAUACGAUUCUUUAAAACUUUUGUACAGUUCUAAUUACGAUGCGCUAUUUUGUAACUAAUUUUAAAUAAAACAAUUGUAAAUAGUUA